GUUAGAGUUUUUAGACUUUUGAGUUACAUUUAUAAUUAAUUUGAGUUGAAGAUGUAUAUAAAGUCUAUGGUAUUAGAAGGAUUUAAAUCAUACGGAAAGAGAAUCGAAAUAAAUGGUUUCGAUAAAGAGUUUAAUGCAAUCACAGGAUUCAAUGGUACCGGGAAAUCUAACGUUCUGGACGCGAUAUGCUUUGUUUUGGGAAUUACACAACUUGGACAGGUGCGUGCAGCAUCAUUGCAAGAUUUGGUUUAUAAAUCUGGGCAAGCAGGCAUUAAGAAAGCUAGUGUUACUAUAACAUUUGAUAAUCGUGAUAAAAGUUCAUCACCUAUGGGGUAUGAACAUCACCAGGAAAUAACAGUUACAAGAAGAAUUUUAAUCGAUGGUAAAAAUGGAUAUUUGAUUAAUGGAUCUAAUGUGACAAACAAACGUGUACAAGACAUGUUCUGUUCUGUUCAACUUAAUGUGAAUAACCCUCAUUUUUUAAUAAUGCAAGGAAGAAUUACAAAAGUUCUUAAUAUGAAACCUGUAGAAAUAUUGUCCAUGAUAGAGGAAGCAGCAGGUACACGAUUGUAUGAAAAUAAAAAGGAGGCUGCUUUGAAAACUAUUGAAAAGAAAAAUACUAAAUUAAGGGAAAUAAACAAUAUUUUGAAAGAAGAAAUAGGCCCAAGAUUAGCAAAGCUUAGAGAAGAGAAAAUACAAUAUGUGGAAUUUCAACGUAUUGAGAGAGAACUAGAACACUGUAAAAGAAUUUGUCUUGCUUGGAAAUAUGUUAAAGCGUUGAACGAAAGUGAAAAAGCUGAAGAAAAUGUACAAAAUGUUAAAAAUAAAAUAGACGAAAAGACAAAAAGUAUUGCUGCUGGCGAAGAAGACCUUAAAAGUAUUGUGGAGGAAUGCAAGGAAUUAUCUAAGAAAAUAGAUGAAGAAACAGGAGGACAAUUGGAGUCAUUGCAGAAGGAAUUGCAACAGGCGGAAAAACACCAAUUUAAAUUAGCAGCUGAAGUUAAUAGUAAUAAAGAAAGCAUUAAAACUGCUAAAAAAGCUGUGGAACAAUUAAAAAUUAACAUAAAAGAUGAUGACAAUGUUUUUAAAUCAAAGCAGAAACAGUUUGUAAACGUUGAAGAGCUUUUUAAGAAUUUAAAAGAAAUGGAUCAACAAGAUUCUGAUGCAGUAUUAACUGCACAAGAACAAUAUCAAAAAAUUAGUGCUGGUUUAUUACAAAACAAAGAUGGUGAAAAUGCCACGCUAGAACAACAAUUGAUAACUGCUAAACAAAGUGUAACCGAAGCGCAGACGCAACGUAAGCAGUGUGAAAUGACAUUAAAACAUAAUAGAGAACAGUUAAAGACGAAAAAGGCAGAUUUGAAAAAUACCGAGCAUGAAUAUAAACAAUACACUAAAAAUCUUGAUAAUAAAGAGAAAGAUUUAAAAAAUUUGGAAAAUGAAUUGAAAAAAGUAAAUUAUGAGGACGGAAGUAUAGAACAGCUUCAACAACAAAAAAAUGUCUUGAGGAAUGAAGUAAGAGUAUUAGAAGAAAAUGUGGACUCUUUUGAAUCGAGAUAUCCGCGUAUUAGGUUUGAAUAUAAGAAACCAGAACCUAAUUUUAAUCACGAUUCUGUAAAAGGAGUGGUUUGCAAAUUAAUCACACUGAAGGAUAAACAAGCAGCAUAUGCAUUGGAUACUGCUGCAGGAGGAAAGCUAUAUAAUGUAAUAGUAGAUACAGAAAUUACUAGUAGAAAACUACUUCAAAAUGGGCAACUACAACAGCGAGUUACUUUUAUUCCAUUGAAUAAAAUAGAUGGAAGAACGAUGGAUAGUAACAUAAUUCGUUUGGCAGAAAGAUUAGGUGGCGCUGGAAACGUUCAAACAGCAUUGUCUCUUAUAAAUUUUCCAGAGGAGACACGGUCAGCUAUGAAUUGGAUUUUUGGGCAAAUUUUUAUUUGUAAAGAUAUUGAUACCGCCAAGAAAAUUGCGUUUCAUGCGAAUAUCAUGAAGAAGUGUGUUACUUUGGAAGGAGAUGUCGUUGAUCCUGCAGGUAUUUUAUCUGGAGGCGCAGCAUCGAAAUCUGGAUCGGUUCUUUUAAAAUUAGAAGAAUUAAAAACUAUUCAAAAUGAGUUAAAUAUGAAACAACAGACUCUUGGAAAUAUUGAAACUACUCUGGCAAAUUUAAGCAAGGUCGCAGAAAAAUAUAUGUCGCUGAAACAAACAUUCGAUUUACGGAAUUAUGAAAUCGGUGUGAUAAAACAAAGAUUAGAACAAACAGUAUAUUAUAAAAUAAAAGAAGCGAUUGAUUUGUUAGAAAAUAGUAUCGAAGAGCUUUUACAGAAAAUGACUACAGCGGAACAAAAUGAAAAACAGAAUAGUGAACGCGCGAAAGAACUAGAGCAUCAAUUGAAAGAUUCGGUUAAUAUUCGCGAGAAACAACUAGCAGAAGCCAAAACGAAACUGGAACAACUGAAAAAGAAAGCUGAAAAUAGUCGUAAAGAGUGGCAAAAGCGGGAAUAUGAAGCAGAAACGCUUGAUUUAGAAAUGAAAGAAUUGCAAAGCAGUGUUGAAACUGGAAAAGCACAAUUAUUAGAAUCGGAAGGAAAGUUGAAUGCGCUACAAGAAACAACUGAUAAAUUAGAACAAGAAUUAAGCGAAGCUAGGAGUAAUGUUAAACGGUUAGAAUCUAAUAUAAAAGAACAGAAAACCUCGAUCAAUAAGCAAAAUACUUAUAUGCAAAAGCUUGUAACAAAGAAAGAAGAUAUAAUGAAACGAAACAAGGACGCAGAAUUAGAUAUUCAAAAGUUAAACUACGAAAUUAACUCGAUUCAGAGUUGUGCUAAAAGUUGUAAACAAAAAGUAUUGGAACUGUCGCGAAAAUACGAAUGGAUCGAACAAGAUAAGAUUUAUUUUGGAAAAACAGGUGGUAUUUAUGAUUUUGAGGUUAAUAAACCUGAUGAAAUGGAACAGAAAUUACAACGUUUACAAACAUCGCGAGAAAAAUUAACUCGAAAUAUUAACACACGUGCUAUUAUUUUGUUUGAUAAAGUGGAAGAACAAUAUAAUGAAACGAUGAAGAAACAAAGGAUAGUUGAAAACGAUAAACGCAAAAUAUUAGAAACAAUUAAACAUUUAGACGAAAAGAAAAAAGCAACGUUGUUGAAAGCUUGGAAACAAGUAAAUAAAGAUUUUGGAUCCAUAUUUAGUACUUUGCUACCAGGAGGUGAUGCAAAAUUGCAAGCUCCGGAAAAUCAAACGGUUACAGAUGGUUUAGAAGUAAAAAUUGCGUUCUCCGGAAUUUGGAAAGAAUCACUAGGAGAAUUAUCCGGAGGGCAGAGAUCUUUAGUAGCUUUAUCUUUAAUUUUAGCCAUGCUUCUAUUUAAACCCGCGCCACUUUAUAUUUUGGACGAGGUUGACGCUGCUUUGGAUCUUUCUCAUACGGAAAAUAUUGGAAUAAUGUUGAAAAGACAUUUUAAACAUUCACAAUUUAUUGUUGUAUCGUUAAAAGAUGGACUGUUUAAAAACGCUAAUGUAAUAUUCACAACUAAAUUUGUUGAUGGAAUGUCAACAAUAUCUAGAAAUCAGAUAAGAAGUAACUAA